AUGGUGCCAUCUUUGACCUCAGCUGUGUAUUUCUUUGUAUUUUUGGGCCUGUGCACGUGGUGGUCCUGUUGCCAAGCAUUUGAUCCGCUGAUAUUCAGCUGUCUGUGUGUAUUAAUGGCGAUAUUCAGUGCAGGCCACUUGAUUGGACUUUAUCUGUACCAGCUACAGUUCUUUCAGGAGGUUGUUCCACCAAAAGAUUUCUAUGCCAGGUUGUUCGGUGUGACUUCUCUUACUCAGACAAACUGUUCAAGCACGUGGAUGAUCAUCAAAAAUCAAGAGUUACAUUGGUAUCACCAUGCUAAUCCAAUCUUACUGCUGGUGAUGUACUACACCCUCGCAACUCUUAUCCGUCUUUGGCUGCAAGAGCCCAUUCAGAUGCCUGAUGAAGAGAAAUCUGUUAGCAGGGAAGACGACAAAGAAAUAGCCUGCAGCCCAAUUCCAAUGACAGCGGAGAGAAGACGCAGUCUGUGGUAUGCAAGCCACUAUACAACUGAUGAGAGAAAACUUCUGUCAAUGACCCAAGAUGAAUACAAGCCAUCGGAUGUGCUGCUGGUAACAGUGAACGGGAACCCUACCGACUAUCACACCAUCCACCCCACACUGCCAUUAGAGAAUGGUCCAGCCAAAGCAGACAUGUACUCAACACCACAGUACAAAUGGGAGCCUUCGGAUGACAUGUCAGGUAAGGAGAAGGAGGAGGAAGAGGAAGAGGAAGUUACUCAGGAGGAAAAAGAAAAUGUUAAAUUACAUGCCCUGGUCUCUGUGUUUCAAUUUAUCAUGAAACAAAGUUACAUUUGUGCUCUGAUAGCUAUGAUGGCAUGGAGUAUCACGUAUCACAGCUGGCUGACUUUUGUGUUACUGAUCUGGUCUUGCACAUUGUGGAUGAUUCGGGACCGAAGGAAAUACGCCAUGAUCAGUUCACCAUUUAUGGUGUUCUAUGGAAAUUUACUGCUAACGUUGCAGUAUAUAUGGAGUAUUGAGCUCAAGAACGAUGAGCUUCCUCAAGUAUCUGGUUUUUUAGAAAGAAAGGAACCUGGGGAACUGGCAUCAAAGAUUCUUUUCACAAUUACUUUCUGGCUACUGCUUAGGCAACACCUCACUGAACAGAAAGCACUUCAGCUUAAAGAAGCUACUUUAUCUGAGGUCAAAGUUGGAAGUGAAGAAAAUGAAGAAAAAGAAGAGGAGUUGCAAGAGGGAGAAGUGGCAGAAGAACAGGAGGAAGAGAAAGAGGAGGAGGAGGAGGAGGAGGAGGAUGACGAUGAACAGGAUAUUAUGAAAGUCUUGGGGAAGCUGGUGAUGGCUAUGUUCAUCAAGUACUGGAUUUACGUCUGUGGGGGCAUGUUCUUCUUUGUCAGCUUUGAGGGUAGAAUUGUCAUGUACAAAAUCAUCUAUAUGGUACUGUUCCUCUUCUGCGUGGCCCUCUAUCAGGUGCACUAUGAAUGGUGGAGAAGGAUUUUAAAAUACUUUUGGAUGUCAGUGGUUGUUUACACGAUGUUGGUACUUAUCUUCAUCUAUACAUACCAGUUUGAGUCAUUCCCUGGCUUAUGGAAGAAUAUGACAGGCCUGGAUGAAAACAAACUAGCGGACCUUGGCUUAAAACAGUUUUCUGUGGCUGAGUUAUUCACACGCAUCUUUAUCCCCACCUCCUUCCUACUGGCGUGUAUCUUGCACCUUCACUACUUCCAUGACCGUUUUCUCCAGCUCACUGAUUUAAAAGCUGUAACCAGCAAACAGGACAACACUAUUUACAGACUGGUGCACCAAGAUGGAAGCCUGCCUGACAUAACUAUGAUGAAUUUAACAGCCAGCAGAGAAAAGGAAGAGGAUAAAAUGCUGGAAGAGGCUGGUGAGAAAAGAAUGGAAGACCCAGAGGGGGAGGGAGGGAAAGGGAGGGUCGAAAAAGGAAAAGAAGAAGAAAAGGAAGAUGAGGACAAGGAAGAUGAUGAUGAUGAAGACAAUGAAUCAGAGGAAGAAGAAACUACAGACUUAAGGAACAAAUGGCAUCUGGUGAUCGACCGCCUUACAGUGCUGUUUUUGAAAUUCCUGGAGUAUUUUCAUAAGAUGCAAGUCUUUGUGUGGUGGCUGUUGGAGCUGCACAUCAUCAAAAUUGUUUCCUCUUACAUCAUCUGGGUCACAGUGAAAGAGGUGUCUCUGUUUAACUUUGUGUUUUUAAUUGCCUGGGCUCUUGCUUUGCCAUAUGCUCAGUUUCGCCCAUUGGCAUCAAGUAUCUGCACUGUUUGGACAUGUGUGAUUAUUGUCUGCAAAAUGUUGUACCAGCUCACAUCUAUUGACCCCAGCACUUUUUCCAGUAACUGUACAUUGCCAGGAGAGAAUGAAACUAAGGUCAAUUUAGAAGAACUCAAAACCUCGGUCCUCUACAGUGGGCCAGUUGAUCCUGCAGAGUGGGUUGGAUUGAGGAAGUCUUAUCCCCUGCUUGUGUACUUAAGGAAUAACUUACUGAUGCUGGCUAUUCUGGCUUUUGAAGUUACGAUCUACCGUCAUCAAGAGUACUACAGAUGUCGAAAUAACCUUACCGCACCUGUGACUAAAACCAUUUUCCAUGAUAUUACAAGAGCACAUCUGGAUGAUGGACUGGUAAACUGCGUCAAGUAUUUCAUAAACUAUUUCUUCUACAAGUUUGGUUUGGAGACCUGUUUUCUUCUAUCAGUGAAUGUAAUUGGUCAACGAAUGGAUUUUUAUGCCAUGAUUCAUGCCUUCUGGCUGAUAGCUGUAUUGUAUCGACGUAGAAGAAAAGCUAUUGCGGAGAUCUGGCCAAAAUACUGCUGUUUUCUGGCAUGCAUCAUUACAUUCCAGUACUUCCUUUGCAUUGGCAUCCCCCCUGCUCCUUGUAAAGACUAUCCAUGGAGAAGUGGUAAUGCCAACUUCAACUCCAACAUCAUAAAGUGGUUAUACUUUCCAGACUUCAUUGUGAGACCAAACCCUGUCUUCCUUGUCUAUGAUUUCAUGUUGCUGCUGUGUGCAUCCUUACAAAGGCAGACAUUCGAGGAUGAAAAUAAAGCUGCAGUACGGAUCAUGGCUGGAGACAAUGUGGAAAUUUGCAUGAAUCUUGAUGCAGCAUCUUUUAGCCAGCAUAAUCCUGUUCCCGACUUCAUUCACUGCCGGUCCUACUUAGACAUGUAUAAGGUGAUAAUAUUUAGUUACCUCUUCUGGUUUGUGCUUACUAUAAUCUUCAUAACGGGAACCACAAGGAUCAGUAUAUUCUGCAUGGGCUACUUGGUAGCCUGCUUUUAUUUCCUUCUCUUUGGUGGAGAUCUGUUGCUGAAGCCCAUCAGGAGCAUCCUGCGUUAUUGGGACUGGCUGAUUGCCUACAAUGUCUUUGUGAUCACAAUGAAGAACAUCCUCUCGAUAGGAGCAUGUGGCUACAUUGAAUCAUUAAUUAAGAACAGUUGCUGGUUGAUUCAGGCAUUUAGCCUGGCUUGUACUGUUAAAGGCUACCGUAUUCCAACCAACAAUCUAGAUUGUAAACUGCCCAGUGGAGAAGCAGGAAUCAUCUGGGACAGUAUAUGUUUUGCUUUCUUGCUGCUGCAAAGAAGAGUCUUCAUGAGUUACUACUUCCUGCAUGUGGUUGCAGAUAUAAAAGCUUCUCAGAUCCUAGCAUCAAGGGGUGCUGAGCUUUUCCAGGCUACAAUUGUCAAGGCUGUAAAGGCAAGAAUUGAAGAGGAAAAAAAAUCAAUGGAUCAACUGAAAAGACAAAUGGAUCGCAUCAAAGCCAGGCAGCAAAAAUACAAAAAGGGUAAAGAGAGGAUGCUAAGCAUGACCCAGGAAUCCUCAGAGGGGCCGGAGAUUAGGAAGGUUUCUGAAGAAGAUGAUGAAGGAGAAGCAGACAAAGAGAAAGCCAAGGGCAAAAAAAAGCUGUGGUGGCGGCCUUGGGUUGAUCAUGCUUCCAUGGUCAGAAGUGGAAAUUAUUACUUGUUUGAGACGGAUAGUGAAGAGGAAGAGGAAGAGGAGAAAAAAGAAGAGGAAGAGCCUCGAAAAAAAUCUGCAUUUCAGUUUGUUUAUCAGGCUUGGAUUACUGACCCUAAAACAGCACUACGACAGAGGCGCAAAGAGAAGAAAAGUUUUAGGAAAGAGGAGAAGCGAAGGCGAAAAGGAUCUGGGGAUGGUGGUACUGAUGCAGACUGUGAAGACAGUGAAGAGGAACCAGUCAAGAAGAAAUCUGAUGGACCAGAUAACAUCAUCAAGAGGAUAUUUAAUAUCUUGAAGUUCACCUGGGUCCUUUUCCUGGCAACACUAGACAGUUUUACAGCUUGGCUUAAUUCCAUCUCAAGAGAACACAUCGAUAUCUCCACUGUGCUAAGAAUCGAGCGCUGUAUGCUGACCAGGGAGAUUAAGAAGGGAAAUGUUCCAACGCGCGAGAGCAUCCAUAUGUAUUACCAGAACCACAUGAUGAAACUUUCCAAGGAGUCAGGACUGGACUCAAUUGAUAAAAAUCCUGGUCAAGCUUCUGGUUUGCAAGCAUCUGAAAGAAUGGAUAGUUUAGAUUCAGCAGCUUCUCGUGACAGUAUCUCCAGUGAACCUACACAGGUCACCAUGCUCUAUUCUCGUCAGGGGACGACAGAAACCAUUGAGGAGGUAGAAGGGGAGCAUGAAGAGGAAGGAGCUCAUUCUGCAUCAAGGCCAGAGGAAGAGGAGGUGGAAGAUUAUAGCCUGGGUUCAGAAGGAGCUGCAUAUACUCCUGAUACCGAUGUGCCAUUGUACUCCACUGUGGAUAGCAAUGCAGAAGCUCCACCUUCCUAUAGCAAAGCUGUCAGCUUUGAACACCUUCCCUUUGGCUCCCCAGAUGAUUCAGCUGGUAAGAGCCUCAUGAUGGUGAGCCCAGACGACAGUCGGACGGACAAACUUAAUGAUACGAUUCUCCCUCCAUUGACACACGAGCUAACGGCUAGUGAGCUGCUUCUGAACAAGAUGUUUCAUGAUGACGAGCUGGAGGAGUCAGAGAAGUUCUAUGUUGGUCAGCCUCGAGUCUUGCUUCUUAUUUAUGCCCUGUACAAUACGCUGGUGGCCCGAUCAGAAAUGGUGUGCUAUUUUGUGAUCAUCCUUAACCACAUGAUCUCUGCCUCCAUGAUAACCCUGGUGCUUCCCAUCCUUAUAUUCCUUUGGGCCAUGCUGUCUGUUCCUCGGCCAAGCAAACGUUUCUGGAUGACAGCCAUUGUCUACACUGAGGUGGCCAUUGUCAUCAAGUACUUCUUCCAGUUUGGCUUCUUUCCUUGGAAUAAAUAUGUGGAUUACACAAAAGAUAAACCUUACCACCCACCAAAUAUUAUUGGCAUUGAGAAGAAAGAGGGUUAUGUGCACUAUGAUCUUGUUCAGCUCCUUGCUUUAUUCUUCCACAGAUCCAUUUUAAAGUGCCAUGGAUUAUGGGAUGAAGACGAGAAAGGGGACAGUUCCAGUAAUAAAGAGGAUACUGAUGAUGAGCUUUCUCUGACAGGAGGCAGGAGAGACUCUUCUGCCUCUUUGAAAUCUGUCAAUCUUGCGGCAUCAGUGGAGUCCAUCCAUGUCCACUUCCCAGAGCAGCAGACCGCCAUCAGGAGGAAGAGCUCUAGCAGCGUAUCACAGCUUUCGCACAGGUCCAGCUUCUCCUCACACAGAUCAAAGAGAGGAAGUACCAGUACACGAAACAGCAGUCAGAAAGGAAGCAGUGUGCUAAGCAUCAAGCAAAAAUCUAGAAAAGAGCUUCUUAUGGAAAAGUUUCGAGAACAAAUGAUCAAAGCCAAAGCCUUUACAAUUAAAAAGACUCUCCAGGUGUAUGUGCCCAUCAGACAGUUUUUCUACAAUCUUAUUCAUCCAGACUACAGUGCAGUGACCGAUGUGUAUGUGCUGAUGUUCCUCGCAGAUACAGUGGACUUCAUCAUCAUUGUGUUUGGAUUUUGGGCUUUUGGGAAACACUCUGCAGCAGCAGAUAUCACCUCUUCAUUAUCAGAAGACCAGGUUCCAGAGGCAUUUUUGGUGAUGGUGCUCAUUCAGUUUGGUACCAUGGUGGUAGAUCGAGCACUGUACCUCAAAAAGACUGUCAUGGGAAAGGUCAUCUUCCAGGUCAUCCUUGUUUUUGGAAUACAUUUCUGGAUGUUCUUUAUCUUGCCUGGAGUGACAGAAAGGAAAUUCAGCCAGAACACAGUUGCCCAGCUCUGGUAUUUUGUGAAAUGUGUUUAUUUUGGCUUAUCAGCAUAUCAGAUACGCUGCGGAUAUCCAACUCGUGUUCUUGGCAACUUCCUCACAAAAAGUUAUAACUAUGUCAAUCUGUUCUUAUUUCAAGGGUUCCGCCUGGUUCCAUUUUUGACCGAGCUGAGAGCAGUAAUGGACUGGGUUUGGACUGAUACCACUCUCAGUCUUUCCAGCUGGAUCUGUGUUGAAGAUAUCUAUGCUCAUAUAUUCAUCCUGAAGUGUUGGCGAGAGUCAGAAAAAAGAUAUCCCCAACCAAGAGGCCAGAAGAAAAAGAAAGUUGUGAAGUAUGGAAUGGGUGGCAUGAUUAUCGUCUUGCUGAUUUGUAUUGUCUGGUUCCCACUGCUCUUCAUGUCUUUAAUCAAAUCUGUUGCAGGCAUCACCAACAAGCCUCUAGAUGUAUCAAUCACAAUAACUCUAGGAGGUUAUCAGCCUAUUUUUACAAUGAGUGCUCAACAGAGUCAGCUCAAGGAUUUGAAUCAGACUGGUUUCGCUGCAUUUCUGGGAAGCUAUAGGGGUAACACUGCUGCUUUGCAGUUUCUAGAGGGCUAUGGAAAAGAAGAUAUAACUCUAGCAGAUCUAGAGGGAAAUUCAAACUCUUUAUGGACCAUCAGCCCUCCCAGCAGAGAGAAAAUGAUACAGGGACUGCUGGAUUUUUCAGCUGAGUUCACUGUAGUUCUUUCAUGGAGCAUUCAAAGAAAUCUCACUCUUGGUGCCAAAGCCGAAAUAGCAUCAGAUAAACUUACCUUCGUCCUACCGGAGAACACCAGAAGAGAUAUUGCUAUAAUGAUGUCUGGACAGCAACUGGAAAAGGUAACAUUAGAGACAGUGUACCCGUACUACAUCAAGGCUCCUAGUGAUUCUCUGGCAAAACCCAUAAAGCAGCUAUUGACAGACUGCAGAUGGGAAAACAUUACGGUUUCCCUGGUCAAAAAUGUGUCUGAUGAGGGAGUUCGUGAGUGGUGGGUUUUGAAUCAGCUUGGAAAAAGAUACAAAACGUCUGAAGAGAGCCUUGAACUCUUCAUAUUCAGUGAUAAAGUCAGUCCACCAAGCCUUGGAUUCUUGGCUGGUUAUGGCAUCAUGGGACUGUAUGCCUCAGUUGUCCUGGUGAUAGGGAAGUUCGUCCGUGAAUUCUUCAGUGGGAUCUCUCACUCCAUCAUGUUUGAGGAGCUACCCAAUGUAGACCGAAUCUUGAAGUUGUGUACUGACAUUUUCUUAGUGCGAGAGACUGGAGAACUGGAACUGGAAGAAGACCUGUAUGCCAAACUAAUAUUCUUGUAUCGCUCACCAGAGACUAUGAUCAAGUGGACUAGGGAAAAAACUAAUUGA